AUGGCUGAUACGCAAGAUGGUGGGCAUGGGAUCGACGUGGUUCCAAACGAGCACAUGGGCAUCGCACGAUAUCUAGCCACCCGGCUAUCUACCCUGAAACCUCCUAUGAACAAGGUUUCGAACCCUUUCUCAGCCCUCGUGCUUCUUAACAAACAACAAUGGCUUUUUGUCAUCAUCGCCUUCCUAGGCUGGACAUGGGACGCCUUCGAUUUUUUCACGCUUUCGUUGACGACAACAGACGUGGCUAAGACAUUUCACAAAACAAUUCCUCAAGUUUCUUGGGGUAUUACCCUUGUUCUAAUGUUGAGAUCGGUCGGGGCAAUCAUUUUUGGUAUUGCUGCUGACCGCUGGAACCGCAAAUGGCCCUUCGUUAUGAACAUGCUACUCUUCAUUGUCCUUGAGCUUGGAGCCGGUUUCUCUCAAACGUGGAAGCAGUUCUUAGCGACUCGCGCUCUCUACGGAAUUGCUAUGGGUGGUCUCUACGGCAAUGUUGCUGCCACUGCACUUGAGGAUUGUCCUAUUGAGGCUCGCGGUAUCGUUUCCGGAUUGCUGCAGCAGGGCUAUGCAUUCGGUUAUCUGCUUGCCACUGCCUUUGCGCGCGGUCUUGUCAACACUACCUCUCAUGGAUGGCGUCCGUUCUAUUGGUUCGCUGCUUGCCCUCCCGUCUUCCUGAUAAUCUUCCGCCUCUGUCUUCCGGAAACUCAGUCAUUUACCAUGCGAAAAGCGCUGCGUGAAGGCAAUGGCAACGUCACUGCCAACUUCUUGUCGGAAGGUAAAGUGGCGCUAAAGCGCCACUGGCUCCUUCUCAUCUACCUCGUACUACUUAUGGCCGGCAUGAACUUCAUGUCCCAUGGCUCCCAGGACCUCUACCCCACCAUGCUCAAGGCGCAAUUAGGCUUCUCCGCCAACGCCGUAACCGUGACCCAGGUAGUCGCCAAUCUUGGUGCUUUGACCGGCGGCAUACUUUGCGGCUGGUCUAGUCAGAUCUUAGGCCGUCGCUUCACCCUCAUUAUCAUCAGUAUUGUCGGAGGAGUCCUGCUGUACCCUUAUAGCUUCGUGAAUACCGAAGCAGUUAUUGCCGCAGCAUUCUUCGAGCAGUUUUGCGUGCAGGGCGCUUGGGGUAUCAUACCGAUUCACCUAAUGGAGUUGUCUCCUGCGUCGAUCCGAAUCUUCGUCGUCGGCACCUCAUACCAGCUGGGUAACCUUGUCUCCUCGGCGAGUUCGACCAUCGAGUCAACCAUUGGACAACGCUUCCCCUUGUCUCCGGUAAGUGACGGCAGUCAACGUUAUGACUAUGGUAAGGUCAUAUGCAUCUUUAUGGGCUGCGUCUAUGCAUAUGUCAUAAUUGUCACAUUCUUCGGACCUGAGAAGCUCGGUAGGCAAUUCGACCUAGCGAACGACAACGAGGAGCUGGUUGAGACCGGUCAAUUUGAUCCCGAGAAAGGUGCCGCUAUGCACAGGGAGCAUUUGGAAUGA